AUCUUGCUACAUAAAAAUUGUUAGCAAACUGUAAAAACUGAGGAUAAAAAUUUCAAGUACAUACAUAUGCAAAUUACAUAUGAUGAGUUGUCCCGUGAGCGAUCAUAUGACAGAUCAACAUGUGAGGAACAUAAUUAUUUUAAUUGUCUGUGAAAGAAAUCCGCGUGAUUUUCCGCGAUAACUUUGGUUAGCUCAAUCCAGUUCGAUCAGCUGUUCAGUUAAUGGAACUCGUGAUAAGGGAAGUUGGAGUCUCUUUUUCUCUCUCUCUCUCGUGAACUUCUCUGGCUGGCGAAUGCCAAAUAAUUUUAUCUCUUGCGGCCGAUUAAAUAUUUAUCACGGCAAACAGAAGCAUUUGAUAAAGCGUUUGAUCGGCCGCCGCCGACAAAGUUCUUGGUUUGUUAUAAAUGUCAACUAUAACCUCGCUUAGGAUUUAAAUCGGUUAAAGCGAGCACCAAGAAAGGUUUCACCUCACCAGUUUCUAGUGCAACUACUGUGUAUAUAUAAGACAACAUGAAGUUUGCGGAACAUUUAAGUGCACAUAUUACUCCUGAGUGGCGUAAACAAUAUAUUAGCUAUGAGGAAAUGAAAGCAAUGCUUUAUACUGCGGUGGAAGAAGCACCUUCGGAUGAAAGCGUAGAACCAGAAGUGAUACAGCGUCACUUUGCCUCAUUUGAUGAAGUAUUUUUCACAUUCUGUGAUCGUGAGUUAAAAAAGAUUAAUACAUUUUAUUCAGAAAAAUUAGCAGAAGCUACACGCAAGUAUGCAGCAUUACAAAGUGAAUUAAAAACUGCAUUGGAACUGCAACAAGGGAGUGGAAAGAACAAAGGAAAGGCUAAUAUGAAGCCAGUUUUGCCUACCAGAAAGCUUAGGGAUCUAAAACUUGCAUUUUCAGAAUUUUAUCUCUCCCUAAUUCUUCUUCAGAACUAUCAAAACCUUAACCAUACAGGAUUUCGCAAGAUUCUUAAGAAACAUGACAAGCUGCUAUCGGUUGAUGCUGGUUCAAAAUGGAGAGUUGAGUGUGUUGAGACGUCACAUUUUUAUACGUCCAAAGAUAUAGACAAAUUGAUACAAGAAACUGAAGCUACAGUGACAAAUGAUCUUGAAGGUGGUGAUCGUCAGCGUGCUAUGAAACGUCUUCGGGUACCACCGCUUGGUGAACACCAAAGUCCAUGGACUACUUUUAAAGUUGGUUUAUUUUCCGGUAGUUUCAUUGUUCUGUCUAUUGCGGUCGUCCUUUCAGCGAUUUUCCAUGAUAGUGGAGAAAAUCUAAAGAUUGCAUUUAGAUUAUAUCGAGGUCCCUUCCUUAUUAUCGAAUUUUUAUUUCUUAUUGGAAUUAACGUUUACGGAUGGAGAUCUUCCGGCGUCAAUCAUGUAUUGAUAUUCGAGCUGGAUCCACGAAAUCAUCUUUCAGAGCAACAUCUCAUGGAACUUGCCGCUGUUCUUGGAGUUAUUUGGACACUUAGCUUGUUAAGCUUUUUGUACAGUGCAAGUCUAAGCAUUCCACCGUACAUAAAUCCAUUUGUACUUGUUUGCAUCAUGUUGACAUUUCUAUUAAAUCCGAUUAAGAUAUUUCGUCAUGAAGCUCGCUUCUGGCUGUUGAAGAUCAUAGUACGUGUUUUAAUAUCACCGUUUGCGUACGUCAAUUUUGCUGAUUUCUGGUUGGCAGAUCAGUUUAAUAGCUUGGCGACUGCAUUCUUGGAUUUUCAUUUUUUAAUAUGUUUUUAUAUCACGAACGGCGACUGGUUAAAGGCAGGCGAUACUACGCAAUGCAUGUCUGGCUCUCUCAUUAUUAGACCUAUCGUGAAUUGUCUUCCCGCGUGGUUUCGCUUCGCGCAAUGCGUUCGUCGAUAUCGAGAUUCCAGAGAAGCUUUUCCGCAUUUAGUGAACGCUGGAAAAUAUUCUACAACCUUCCUGGUCGUUGUAGCUAAUACUUUAUACGCUUAUCACACAGGGGAAUAUAAAAAUCAAUGGGAGAAUCCAUGGUUAUGGUUAUGGGUAUGUAGUUGCCUUAUUAAUUCGAUAUAUUCAUAUACAUGGGAUCUUAAGAUGGACUGGGGUCUCUUGGACAGUAACGCUGGCGAAAAUCGUUUUCUGCGCGAAGAAGUAGUUUAUUCAGCAUCUUGGUUUUAUUACUUUGCGAUAAUCGAAGAUUUUAUACUACGAUUUGUAUGGAUUGCAAGCUUCGUUCUUGUAGAAUGCAAAUACAUCUCUAGCGACUUAAUGACUUCCAUUGUGGCACCUCUUGAGGUCUUUAGACGAUUCGUAUGGAACUUUUUCCGUUUGGAGAAUGAACAUUUAAACAACUGUGGUAAAUUCCGCGCCGUGCGUGAUAUUUCGAUAGCACCCAUUGAAAGUUCCGAUCAGACGCAAAUUCUACGAAUGAUGGAUGACGAUGGUGUACUUAAUAGGGGCAAGCGUAAAAGUGGUGGUAAAAAACAGAACAAUAUGAAAGAGGAAAAACGAGCGUUACUUAAAGAAGAAAUCUUGGAUAUUGAUAUAUCGAAUGCGAGUUAAAUAUAGCUCAGAAUUUUUGUACAUUAUUACUUUUAACUUGCUGCAAUUGCAGAUUGCUUUUGGAAGCAAUCUGCAAUUAGUAUCUGAAUAUAGUACUUAUGUAUAUACUUAUAAAUAUAUUUAUAUUAAUAUA